AUGGUUUUAUUGGCGGUCCGCAAUAGGAGAUGUCUUAAUAGCUGCUGUAUGGGGACGUUAUGCUUGCAGUUGUUGCUGUGGAUUUUAUGCGCCGUGAACGGAGAGGAGCAGCCGUUCAGUGUGGAGGCAUGGCUCCAGAGGUAUGGUUACCUCCCUUCUGCAGACCCCAGAAUGUCAGUGCUGCGUUCUGCUCGAGUCAUGCAGUCCGCUAUCGCUGCCAUGCAGCGCCGCUAUGGCCUCAAUGUCACAGGGACUCUGGACGGCAACACCAUAGACGAUAACACAAUAAGGUGGAUGAAGAGGCCCAGAUGUGGGGUUCCUGACCAGGUAGGAGGUGCAUCCAAAUUCAGUGUCAGGAAACGGCGGUACGCCCUUACAGGACAGAAGUGGCAACACAAACAUAUCACAUACAGCAUAAAGAACGUGACACCCAAAGUGGGUGCAGAGGAGACCCAUGAUGCCAUUCGGCGAGCCUUUGACGUUUGGCAAAAUGUGACACCGCUGCGCUUUGAGGCCGUGCCCUACAGCGAGCUGGAGAGGACCAAGAAAGACGUGGACAUCACCAUCAUCUUCGCUUCGGGCUUCCAUGGCGAUAGCUCACCCUUUGAUGGCGAGGGUGGCUUCCUGGCCCACGCGUACUUUCCAGGGCCGGGAAUAGGAGGCGACACACACUUUGACUCAGAUGAACCAUGGACGCUGGGCAACCCCAACCAUGACGGUAACGAUUUGUUCCUGGUAGCAGUCCACGAGCUCGGCCACGCGCUGGGCCUCGAACACUCCAACGACCCCACGGCCAUCAUGGCUCCCUUUUACCAGUACAUGGACACGGACAACUUUAAACUGCCCAUGGAUGACCUGCUGGGCAUCCAGAAGAUUUAUGGGCCUCCUGAUAAGCUUCCCCAGCCCACCAAGCCUUUGCCGACGGUGCCCCCUCCCCGCUCCCAUCCUCCUUCAGACCCCCGCAAGCCAGACAGGCAGACGCGACCUCCGAGGCUACCCCCAGGAGACAGACCAUCCCACCCCAACGCUAAACCCAACAUCUGUGACGGAGGCUUCAACACCCUCGCCAUACUGAGGAGAGAGAUGUUUGUCUUCAAGGACCACUGGUUUUGGCGGGUGAGAGAUAACUCAGUAAUGCCCGGGUACCCCAUGCUCAUCAGUGUUUUCUGGCGCGGCCUGCCGCCCAAGAUAGAUGCUGUUUACGAGAACAGCGAGGGCAAGUUUGUCUUCUUCAAAGGGAAGCAGUUCUGGGUUUUUAAGGACACGGUGUUGCAGGCUGGAUACCCCAAGGACAUCACCCAGUUUGGCCAUGGCAUGCCGGCCCAGAGCAUCGAGACCGCUGUGUGGUGGGAGGAUGUGGCCAAGACCUACUUCUUUAAAGGGGACAGGUACUGGCGCUACAAUGAAGAAAUGAGAACCAUGGACCCUGGCUAUCCCAAGCCCAUCACAGUGUGGAGAGGUGUGCCUGAUUCGCCACAGGGAGCCUUUGUCGACAAAGCCAACGGUUUCACCUACUUCUACAAGGGUAAGGAGUACUGGAAGUUUAACAACCAGUUCCUCCGGGUGGAGCCGGGCUACCCACGUUCCAUCCUUAAGGACUUCAUGGGCUGCGAGCUGACGCCAAUUGACCCCGCCCGGCCGCCGGCCGAUGACGGUAACUCGGACGUGGUGAUCGAGCUGGACAACGAGGCGAACACAGUGAAGGCCAUCGCCAUUGUCAUCCCCUGCGUGCUCGCACUGUGCCUGCUGGUGCUGAUCUACACUGUGGUGCAGUUCAAGAGGAAGGGUACGCCACGCCACAUACUGUACUGCAAACGCUCCAUGCAGGAAUGGGUCUGAAAAGUCGGGACGAGAUGAGAAGGUGGGGCAAGGGUGACAGAUAAGACGGGUGAAAACAGGAUGACAGCCCCCACUUUCACAGAGGAGGACAGUGGACAUCUUUAGUGAAAACACGCGGCCUCGCCUCCUCCUUUUUGGGUGAUCUGAGCCCUCCGUUCAGACCCGCAGAAACAGCCAGACAGCCUGUUGGCACCCCCUCACACAUAAGGUGACCCCAGGACUUCAAGUUGACUCCGCUAACCCCCAGCCUUUUUAACAAACAGGGGAGCGGAGGGACACUUUGUGGGGGAUCUUUGCCUGAAAUGACCUUCAGUCCCAGUCAAAAAACAGGAGGGUCUGCAUCACUUUGUAUCUCAGAAACAUGACUUCCCAGCCCAUUCCUCUUUUUUUUUUCUUUGCCCGACUGCUCUUAAACGGAAGGAGAACAUUCAUGGGGACACGCACUCUUCCCACAGGGCACUGCAUUGUCAUCUAUCAUAUCAGGUUGUUGACUAAACAACAGUUUUAUAUUUUCUGAUCUGGUGCCCCUCCUCCCCGCCGAGUUAAUCAUAUUACCAUCAAACACGAGUUAAUCAUAUUACCGAUCUUCAGUCCUUUUUCUUUUGUUUUUCUAAUUAUUCUGAGAAAGGAGGUCCUCACUGUUCCCUUUAACACGUUCCUGAGGAAGAGACCAAACUAAACCAAAUAAAACAAUUUAAUUUUGUUUAUUUUGCUUUCUUUUUUUCUUUUAUUUGUUCUCAUUUCAGUCCAUCCUUCCUUCCCUUCUCUGGAUCCUUGCAGCGAUUAAGAGUCGGGGAGCUUUGACUGUUGUGGCAGUCUGUUUUGAGACACAGGGGCCAAAUUGUUCUGCAAUAUUUUAACUCGCCUUAAUUAUAGAUCAUACUACUUGUACUUGGUUUUGCUGUUCUUGGAGUUGUUGUUUUGUUUUUUUAAAUUUGUAUACCGCUUUUGUUUAUUGUUUGUUUGUUUUUAACAGAAGCUAACUGAGGGCUUCUGAUGAUUGUUUUUUGUUUGUUUUUUUCUGGAUUUUAUUACGUUACCCAGAAUUCUCAGCACUGGUUUGCUGAGCCAGUCUGGACAGAACAUACAGUAGGGUCAGCCUGUAUUGAGAGUAAUGUAUUGUAUCGUAAAAAAAAGAUGUUGGAAAAGUUCUGGAGUUAAGCCACUAUUGUUUGUGUGUUAAAAAAUUUGUUACUGUUACUUUUAUCAUUUUCAUACAAACGGAAUCAGGCUAAUUAUGAGCUUGAGUGUCUUGUUAUUAGAUUUGGUGAUGUCAUUUUUUUGUCCCUGGGCCACAUUCCCCUUGGUUUGAAGAAGUGCGCAUCCAAAAAAGUCAUUCUUGUGAAUGGACAGACCAUUUUUUAAAAAAGAAUCCUGUUGACUGCCUUGUUUGAGAGAGCUCACAGUUCCCAGAAUGCUCUUGUCUCCUGACUGAGGACCCACAAAGUGAGACACCAAGUCAACAUCAGUGCCUGUGUCAACGUGCAUGCAAGCAUUUACUGUACAUCCAACUGGUUCUACUCAACGUGGCUUUGGAACCCCUCAAAAGCUGAGGAGGAAGUGUUCUCUUGAAAGUACUGUUUGCAUUUAUUUUUGUACAUUUUAAGUGUACCCCAACCCUCCUCCCCUUACCUCCAGGUACAAUGAAAUUUAAGGGAAAAAACUUUAAAAGAUUCAAGUGGUACAUUUGGGAAAUCUUUGGGAGAUCUGAUGGGUGAUUGGCAAAUUAAAUUGGCCUCACCAAACCAACCAACCAAACAUGUAGGACAUGUAGUCCUCGCUGUCUUGGCGAGCAGUCUUUGAAUGUGUGUCUGUUUUCAUGAUUACAUACUGGUUUUCCUUUCUUUCCUGUUUUCUGGUCAAAACAAAUUGGACAUCUCACAAUGACUUCUUUGUGUAAGACUUUGGGACAACGGCAAAACAUGUCCUGACAGAAUGAAUAAAUUGAUCAAUAUAUGAUUAAGAGCUGCC